CCCCCCUCCCUCCUUCUGCUUGUCGCGGAGCUUCUGCCGCGGUCCCUCCUCCUCUCCAGGCCGCGAUCGGGCACCUCAGGGCGGGGAAGAAGCGUCGGUGGUGGCCGGUGCUGCGCAGCAGAUCUCUGGAGCCCUGACGGCCGCGAAUAGGGGCCCGGAAACCCCUUUCAUUGCUGCGGAGGGAAGGAAGGAAGGAAGGAAGGAUGAGCUGCAGGAGAGGAAGAGGAGCGCUCCUCACCAUGUUUCUCUUCUUGUGCCUAACAUGCACGCGGCUGCUGCUCACAGAAUCGUCGUCUGUCGACCGCGAGCUUCGCCUCUUCCCUUCUCGUCGACCUCCUCCACCCGACCGCCACCACCCGCCCGAUGUGGACGCCGUGCUCGAGUCCCACCGCCACCCCCACCACCAUCACCACCUUCAUCUUCAUCGUCAUCAUCAGCGCCCCGCCCGGUUCGCCACAGUGGCGCCCGCCGCCCUCUCGGAGCCCCGCCCUCCUCACGCCGCUGUGUCUGCACGCCACCUGCUGACCGUGUAUCUGGCUGUGGAUGUGAGGAGGCUGAACGUCAGUCUUCUUCGGUGGUUUCGGGAAGGUGUGGCGGCGGCGCUGGGCGUUCCUACGGGACACGUGCACAUCAACCGGCUGAACGAGAAGAAGAAUGGCAUCGAGCUCUUCGUGUCCUCCGAUAGGCCGGGGAUCUCCGAGCCCCGCCCCGCCGAGGAGGUCAUCCAAUCCCUGAACGUCCGGGUCCUCCACCGCCACCUGGGGCACUUCGGCAUCACUGAGGUCUCCACAGAGGAGAACGUCCUGCAGGGCGAGCAGAGGGACCACGUGUGGAGCGGAGAAGGUUUUUACACCGUCGUCCUCUUUUUCACCAUCUUCGUCAUCGUUAUCACCUGCUUGAUGGUUUUGUACCGACUCAGGGAGAAGGUCCAGGUUUCUGACAGACAGCUGAAGGCUCCGCCCCCUGACCUCCACCUGACCCCGACUGUCCACUUGGACUCGGCCCAGAGGUCAAAGGGCACCAAGGUUUCAGGAAGCAUGGUCCAAGCUGAGCGCCCUCCAACUGUAGCCACGCCCAUUCGCCAUCAGCAGCCAAUCGUAGCUUGCCGCCGCCUUGCCCCUCCCCCUGUCGUCCCUCUGCCCAGCUCCGCCCCCACUCCCGUUUUCGACAGCCACGCCCCUCUGGCCGCGACAGCCAAUAACGAGCUGAAGCUCUGCCCCUCCCCCUUCAGGAUGAAACCUGCAGCCGGACUGCAAGAGAGACGCGGCUCCAACGUCUCUCUGGUCCUGGACAUGUCGGCUCUCGGCUCCGUGGAGCCGCUCAACGCCGCCGCCGCCAUUGUGACGCCCAGAGAGGCGGUCAGAGAGUACCUGCUGGCGGCCGGUCGGCCUCUGACGCGGCAGCAGCUCCGCGACGUCGUCAACAACACGGACAAGCUGCACGCCGAGUUCGCUGAAAUUCCCAUGAAUUUUAUUGAUCCCAAGGAGCUCGAUAUUCCAAACCACGGGACCAAGAACCGAUACAAGACCAUACUGCCCAACCCUCAUUCCAGAGUGAUCCUGAAGUCCAAGAGCUGCAACGACCCGCUGAGCUCCUACAUCAACGCCAACUUCAUUCGGGGUUACCUUGGUGACGAGAGGGCGUUCAUCGCCACCCAGGGCCCCAUGGUGAACACGGUGAACGACUUCUGGCAGAUGGCCUGGCAGGAGGAGGCGCCGGCCGUGGUGAUGAUCACCAAACUGAAGGAGAAGAACGAGAAGUGCGUCCUGUACUGGCCCGAGAAGAGGGGGAUCUACGGGAAGGUGGAGGUGUUGGUGAACGCCGUCAGGCAGUGUGAGCACUACACCGCCCGCAGCCUCACGCUCAAGUGUGGGAAUCAAACCCGCGAGCUGCAGCACUAUUGGUACACGUCGUGGCCCGACCACAAGACCCCCGACUCCACCGUGCCGCUGCUGCAGCUGAUGGACGACGUGGAGGAGGAGAGACGGGCGGCCGACACCACGGGACCAGUGGUGGUCCACUGCAGCGCCGGGAUUGGCCGGACGGGCUGCUUCAUCGCCACCACGAUAGGCUGUCGGCAGCUGCAGCUGGAGGGGGCGGUGGACGUCCUGAGCGUCACCUGCCGGCUCCGAGCUGACAGAGGCGGUAUGAUCCAGACAGGUGAGCAGUACGAGUUCGUCCACCACGCCCUGAGUCUGUACGAGGCCCGCCUUUCUGCAGAAACCGGCCAAUGAGGGCGCACCGGCCGCACAGGAGGCGUCGUGUGAUCUCCGAGAUUAUGGAAUCCUUCAGGGGAUCUUUGGGUUUUCGAUGGACAACCAAUGAGGAAGGCGAAUGGGUGGAGCCUGUGGUAGGGAAAGGAAGAAAAAGGUAAAUUUCAGGAAACGGAACACAUCCGUUCUUCUGCUUCUCUGGUGUUUCUUCUUCUUGUCGGCGAGCCGGUAAGACUUCUUCUCUCGACUGUUCACCUCCUUUCGGUCGCGGAGGCGCAGAGAUCGACUCCAACGACACGUUGCUCGUGUUUCUGCGUCUUGAGGACAAUGAUUUUGUAUCGUGGUGUUCUUAUUAUCUGAAGAUGACUGUUAGUUGCUCGCUCCAUUGGUCCACAAGCUCUCUGUGACGUCCGCUCUCCGCAAGUUCCUCUGCGGUCGUUUUUAACGUUCUCCUCCAGGAGGUUGAUGCAUCUCCAAAGAUAUUUUUCACAAUCUUAAAGACUCGAACUUCCUUUUUAAACGUCACAGAGACUAAACGUUGGUAAACUUUCAGCUCAGGUAACUUAACAUGCUAACUUUGCUAACAAGCAAGCUAACGCUACUUUCUGAUACGUUUGCAAAACCCCGGCUUUGUUUCCAUUGACUUAUUUUUAAUGCACAUUUUGAAGCAUCGCAUUGAAGCGCUGCUAAGGAAACCAGUUUGAUAGAUUUGCAUCUAUUUGUGUGUUGAAAAAAUGCAUCGGAUGGAAACACGACUAGCGUUGAAUAUCUGAGCCAACAAUCUGGUUAGCGGAAAAGCUAACGCAACUUUGAGAUCUAUUUUGAUGUAUUUCAAACUCACGGGGAGCCGACAUCACAGCGGAGCGACCUCCAGACGAAAAGCUCAAAGCUAACAAACCAAUGUAGCGACAAACAAGCUAAUGCUAAGCUAGUUCUCGUAGUACAGCGAUCUCCAUGGAGGCUAAUUGUAGCGUCAGUAGUUCAGCGUUAAUCAGUAAUGCUUUAAUGCUAAUAAAUGGAUGCUUUUUUAUAAGCUCGUUAUAAUCAGCCCGCUAUGCUAACGCAAUAUUUUGUCAAAACCAAUUAUAUUUAGUAUUCAAGUGGUAAAAGAUUAGCGUGUUUUACGGCAAUUAUUUAUAAGUAUGUCUCACGUAAAGCUUUGAAGGUACAAAGCGAGAAUUACAGGAAAUCUGUAUAUGGAACUAACGCCCGAAACGUCGUACUACAACUCUGUAAAAGAUCAAUAACGUGUAUAAAACUGUAUCUCAAAAGUAGCCAAUCGCUGUCACGUGAGCACAUUUAAUUAAUUAAUGAAGAUGAAUCAUGAUGAAAUAUCUCGACAUUGUAUUCAACUGUAGUUAAACUUAGCCAAACAAUUACCCGGUUGUGUAUUGAUAUUAAUAUUUUGCUUUAUACCAAAAAAAAAGAAAGUUAAAUAAUUUACGUGGUGCAGUCAUCUCGUUGAGGUGCUGUUGUGAAUUGUUAUCUUAGUGUCUUAGUAUCCUGGUCUACGUUAUCUUUUUGUGUAUCAAAGUAAUAAUAACUUUAUUUUUAUACAGUUUUUACAUGUUUUUCAUGUGUUUUAGCAGCUUUCAGCCGUUUGUCGUCUCUCAACGAACACAAACGCGUAUUUUAGAAUUAAAAUGUGAAACUGAAAUGAACAUACUUUGUUAGUUGCUGCGGUGUCGACUUGUUUUUAGAGGUUUCCAGUGACGGAGAACAUUACCAUUAUACAUGUACCUGCUAACAUUGUCCACUACGUGUUAAAGUGCUAUUACACCCCAAUGUGGGCGGGGCCAAUCCACGGACCGCAAACCAACACGGAGAACUUGCUGCUAUAAACCGUGAGAAGUCGGAAACGUUUCGACGGACAAUAAACGAGAGAAAUUCUGAAGGACUCUUUUUCUUUAUUUGUUCCUCUUCUUGUGAUACAACCGAGAGACUUUGGACCAGUUUCUGUUUGUCUUUGUGUCCACCAUCAACCCGGUUAUCACUCUGUUCAGGAUCCAUCUGGAGCUCAAUAUGGGUAGAAAUAUCUGGCCAAUUGGAGUGUGAUAGUUACGCAAUGCACACAACACACUGCCUCUGACGCAGUACCGUGUGUGUCCACUAGGUGGUGGUUCAUGUCCUGUACUGUGUCGUUGUUGACUGUUGAUGAAGCUAUAAGGGAAGCGAGGCAAGAAAUUCACUUUAAAUUAAAUUGUACAGCAUUGUGGGCUAAUGGUUACCCCGACAACCAACCUGGUGCAUAAACCCAACCAACCCAACCAACGGAGACGAGGGGAAGCAGCCAAUCAGAGGCCUUCGCCGGCAGUAAAGAAAAGGACUUUAAGUGUUGUGAAGAACACGUUUACCACAUUUGAAUACACAUGAAAUGUUCCUUUAAACUUCUGUGACAUCACGUCUCACCGGAUGCUGAUGGGUGUUUAUUUUAAACUGUUUUACUAAUCGACUUGAAUGUUGUAACAGUCUGAAACCUUAGCCACUGAGUAGUGCUGUGACCUCUUUUUCUACUUCUAUCUACAUAUAAUAUAUAUGUGUUUAUAUAUAUAUAUAAACACAUAUACAUACGGUAUAUAUUGUGACCUGUAAUCUGUACAUAAACACUGGACAUAAA